GCCCUAUCAUGACUGGUACAACCACCACGACCCUGCUGCUCGUCCAACCGUUGUGGCUGCAAAACCCGAAAUCGUCCAUUGACUUUAUCAUGAACAAUAACGGCACUGCCAUCGUCGUCGCCGCGCUUUCAACAACAACGUCGGGUUGUCCGCGACCGCUUUCCACAUUGGACCUGUGCCCCAAAGAGGACCUGGUACUGCUACGCCCGGUGCCGUCGUCCAGGAGUCGACACUGUGAAGUGCAUGGCUGCGGCCACUUCAUCGCCAGCCGGAAAAGAUGCAUUGGACACGGGGGGGGCGUGCGAUGUGUGAUGACGUCGUGUCAAAACGGGGCUAAGCACGACGGCCUGUGCUGGGCGCACGGGGGGUCCAAGUCGUGCACGAAGGAGGGCUGCACAAACCGAACCAAAGCUCGGGGAUUGUGCUGGAGCCACGGCGGCGGCAAGCCCUGCCAGACCCCCCACUGCCUCAAAACGGCGCUUCGGUAUGGCCAUUGCUGGGCUCAUGGAGGAGGUAGACAUUGUUGACCACUUGAUCGGCAGAAGUGAAGUCUCAUAUACUUCUCCUACCCUGUGUAGGCAAGCGAUGUCUUGCGGUCGGAUGCAAUCGACCAGGAUUCGAGCGCCACGGCAACUUUUGCCGGCAGCAUUGCGAAUAGUACGAUAGGAGAACGUUAGGUACAGUAUACUAGUAUUAAUUAAUGUAUGGUUCAAGUCGAGCGAUACUCUACGA